GGUGGGCAUGGCCCGGACCACAGGGGGCCGCGGGGCCCUGGUGCUGCUCCUGCUGCUGUGCACGCUCUGCCUGGGCGCGGCGCAAAGAGGCCCUCCCGGAGAGCAGGGUCCCCCUGGGCCCCCGGGCCCCCCUGGAGUUCCCGGCAUCGAUGGCAUAGAUGGUGACCGAGGUCCCAAAGGCCCCCCAGGCCCCCCGGGUCCUCCAGGUGACCCCGGAAAGCCAGGAGCUCCAGGCAAGCCAGGCACACCGGGCGCCGACGGAUUAACAGGACCUGAUGGGUCCCCCGGCUCUGUUGGACCACGGGGACAAAAGGGAGAACCUGGUGUGCCUGGAUCGCGUGGAUUUCCAGGUCGUGGUAUUCCCGGGCCCCCUGGUCCUCCUGGGACAACAGGGCUCCCUGGAGAACUUGGCCGUGUAGGACCUAUUGGUGACCCCGGGAGAAGAGGACCACCUGGCCCUCCUGGGCCCCCCGGCCCCAGUGGAACAAUCGGCUUUCAUGAUGGAGAUCCCCUGUGCCCCAACGCCUGCCCCCCAGCUCGCUCCGGAUACCCAGGCCUACCCGGCAUGAGGGGUCAUAAAGGGACUAAAGGAGAAAUCGGCGAGCCAGGAAGACAGGGACACAAGGGUGAAGAAGGUGACCAGGGAGAACCAGGAGACGCUGGAGCUCAAGGACCUCCGGGAGCUCAAGGCUUGAGAGGCAUUACUGGCAUAGUUGGGGACAAAGGAGAAAAGGGUGGUCGGGGCUUAGAUGGAGAACCAGGACCCCAAGGUCUUCCGGGUGCACCUGGUGAUCAAGGACAGCGAGGAUCUCCAGGAGAAGCAGGUCCCAAGGGAGACAGGGGUCCCCAAGGUUCCAGAGGGAUUCCUGGAGUCCCCGGGCCCAAAGGAGACACGGGUUUGCCAGGAGUGGACGGCCGCGACGGGAUACCUGGAAUGCCGGGAACAAAGGGUGAGCCAGGGAAACCUGGGCCUCCUGGGGAUGCAGGAUUACAAGGUUUGCCAGGUGUGCCUGGAAUUCCUGGUGCAAAGGGUGUUUCUGGUGAAAAGGGCAACACAGGAGCCCCAGGGAAGCCCGGGCAGCUGGGAAAUUCAGGCAAACCGGGCCAGCAGGGGCCUCCAGGAGAGGUGGGACCACGAGGACCCCGGGGGCUUCCUGGCAGUAGAGGAGAAACAGGACCAGCAGGCUCCCCAGGUGGACCAGGGAAACUGGGACCUCAUGGUAGCCCCGGCCUCCCUGGCUUGCCUGGACCCCCUGGACUUCCUGGAAUGAAAGGUGACAGGGGUGUAUUUGGUGAACCAGGCCCGAAGGGUGAACAGGGUGCCUCUGGUGAAGAAGGUGAAGCAGGAAGAAGGGGUGAUCUUGGAGAUACAGGAUUACCUGGCCCAAAGGGAUCUGUGGGCAACCCUGGGGAGCCUGGCUUGAGAGGACCUGAAGGAAUUCGGGGGCUUCCUGGAGUGGAAGGACCAAAAGGACCGCCAGGGCCCCGGGGUGUGCAGGGCGAGCAGGGUGCCACGGGGCUGCCUGGUGCCCAGGGCCCUCCGGGCAGAGCCCCAACAGAUCAGCACAUUAAGCAGGUCUGCAUGAGGGUCAUGCAAGAGCAUUUUGCUGAGAUGGCUGCCAGUCUCAAGCGCCCGGAUUUUGGGGCCUCUGGCCUCCCUGGCAGGCCUGGUCCCCCUGGACCCCCCGGAUCACCUGGAGAGAAUGGUUUCCCAGGUCAGAUGGGAAUUCGUGGCCUCCCAGGCAUUAAGGGUCCGCCUGGUGCUCUUGGUUUGAGGGGACCUAAAGGUGAGAUGGGAGAAAAGGGGGAGCGUGGCCCCCCAGGAAGAGGUCCCAAAGGUCUGCCCGGAACAAUAGGUCUCCCAGGUGACCCGGGCCCUGCCAGCUAUGGGAGAAACGGCCGGGAUGGCGAGCGAGGGCCCCCCGGGGUGGCCGGAAUUCCUGGGGUGCCUGGUCCCCCAGGGCCACCUGGCCCUCCUGGGUUCUGUGAGCCAACCUCCUGCACCCUGCAGGCUGGCCAGCGAGCUUUUAGCAAAGGCCCUGACCAGUGACCAGUUUAGGGACACACUAGCUGUAGCAGAAACCAACCCUGGAAGAGCUUCAGAGAGAGAGGCCCUACCUGAUGCAGG